GCUGCGGGAAUUCGAAAGAUUUCAGAGUUGCUGUGGGAAGGGAACUGGAGACUGGAUACAUAGUCCGUGUUCAUAUGAAUGUGAUGAGCUUCUCGGAUGAUGUCUAUUACAUUGAUUUAUGUGCAAUACCAGGAAUGAAGCAUUGCAAUUUUCCUGUUUCUGUGCGGGAUGCUAUGGUGUUUAUGGAUCUGGCAUACCUUGAAGAUGAAAGUAGAUUGAACAUAAGACUGGCUUCUGCAAGGUUCGAUAGUGAAUAUCUUAAAGAAGAACCACUAAGCAAGAGUGAGAACUUUCCUGUAGUGUUGAGUCACAUUGAUAGCCCAUCUCGAUUUUAUGCACAAAGGAGAGGUACUCAUGCUGAGUAUUUGACUAAUCUUCUAGAUGACAUGAGUCGAUACUAUAAAGAAAAUAAAGAUGAUAUGAUUUAUGAUCCAGGAGUAGGAAUGCCCUGUGCUGCCCAGUUUUCUUUAGAUAAAGGAUGGUAUAGAGCAAGAGUUUUAUCCAUCCCUAGAAAAUCCUGGGUAGAAGUAUUUUAUGUUGACUAUGGAAAUCGAGAAGAAGUUCCAUACACAAGCAUUAGGAAAAUGCCAGAGAAAUUCAUGCGUAUCCCCCCUCAGGCUAUUGAAUGUGCUUUAGCAGAUGUGAUGCCUACAAAAGGCAAUAAAUGGCUGAAAUCUGCUACGGAAUUCUUUCUGAAUUCUACAAAGGAUAAAGAACUGAGAUUGCUUAUUGAUAAUGUAUCAAAACAAUGCACCAAAGUGAUACUUUAUGAAGAAAAAGAAAAUGUUGAUAUCUGUUUGAAUGCUCUACUAGUGAGAGAAGGACAUGCCUUGAGUAUUGGAGUGGGUGCCAGCCUUGUUCAGUAUAUUAAAGUUGAAGCUGCUUUGCCUCCUGAUGCCAAUCAGGAACAAACUACACUAUUCCAAGCCAUAAAGCCAACAAGAAAAAAAGUUCGAAAAAUGCGUAAAACAGAUCCAGGAGGCGUAGGUGUGUUGGAAGCCAAUGAAUAUUUACCAGCUACUGAUCCUUCGAAAGUUACAACAUUCAGAGAUGCCAACUCAGGACCACCUUGCAGUAUGGCUGUUACUGUAGUGGCUAUCAAUUCUCCUGGUCACUUUUUUGUAAGACCCUGCAUUAUUGAGGAAGAAAUUGCCAAUUUGAUACAAGAUAUGCAGACAUUUUACUCUGGAAAAACAGUUACUAAAACUGAAUGGCAAUUACAAGACAAGUGUUCGGUUUUGAGUGUAAAAGAAAAGAGAUGGUAUCGUGGCAUCAUUGUGGAAAUAAUAGACAAUAAAGUGAAGGUUUUUUAUAAAGAUAUUGCGGGAACAGAAGUAGUUCCUUUUCAUAAUUUACGAGUCCUUCAUGAGAGCUUUGUCAACAUUCAUAAUGGAUCUCUUCGAUGUCACAUGUUUGGAAUACAAGCUGCUGGGGGACAAAAAUGGUCUUCUAUAGCUUGUGAAAUGCUUUCAGAUCUUGUUUACAAGACUUAUUCAGAGUUAUUUAUAACAAAAAAGGGAGAAAUAGAAGAAAACUCAUUACCUGUAGAAUUGUGGGCUCGAGAUGUUGUUUCUCCAGGCCCUUUGGAACCUAAUCGCAUUGAUUGGAUAUGUCUCAAUCGGGUUCUGAUUGAGAAAGGAAUGGCCAUUCCAACAACAAUGCCUGCAUCUCUCGAAAUAUUGCAGACUGGUUUGCCUUCAGAAACUGCCAGAUUUGAAUCCACCGUCAGUAUUAAUGAAUUAAAUGUGCCAGAGGAAGAGGAUACGAGUUCUUCAGAAAGUGAGGAUAUUUUUGAAGAAGAUCACAGUGGGAGACGAGAAUUAUUCCUUUUCCCUGAAAAUCCAAGAAAUCAGUGGCUACCUGCUUUACCGUUGAAAAAACAUCGAUUUAUGGGUAUGACUACUCAUGUGGAUGUUAAAUGUCGUAUCUACAUGCACAACGUGGAAGAUAAUGAAUCAUUGAAAGUGAUAAAGGAUGCUUGUACGAAGUUUGUUGGAGAUUCAAAACCUAAACCUCAAGAUAUGUAUUGGUUUGAAGGACAAAUGUGCUUAGUUCAGUUUUUUGCUGAUACAUGCUGGUACCGUGGGAAAAUAAUGGCUGCCGAUUGUGAAGGAUUGUGGAAAUUAGAGCAUCUGGAUUUCCUUCAUAUGACUCUAGACGGAAAAAACUGUCAAGUCUGUAUUAAAACAGCUCUUGAUGAUCCAGUGCCCAAAGUGUCUCUGACUUUACCUGGGAACAUUGACGUUGCUCAGCUUUUAGUGAGUAUGCACUAUGCAAUAUAUUCCUCUAAUGUACUAGGUAAUAGUGAAGAACUGAACACAAGCUCAGAAGAAAGUGUAAUCAUUGAGAAAGAGGAAAUCUUGGACUUGAAUGAUAGUAAUAUGGAAGGAGAGUUGAUGAGAUUAGAAAAUGUAGUUAACAUGGCUGAACUGAGUAAUGCUGACAUUAGUGUUGAGGUAAAUGUAGAAAAAAAUAAGAAUUAUAGUAAGUCAAAUGAGAAGCUUAGUAAUGUCGAAGAAGCAAAGGAUGUUGACAAAAAUGUCUGUGAACUAGAGUGUGAGUUAAAGGUUCGUGGAGAACCUGUAAUAAGUGAUUUUAAUAAAAGAAAAAACUUUGUUAAUGAAUUAAAUGUUGAAGAUUUGAGUAAAAAUAAAGUUCUUAAGAAGGAGAAAUGUUUAGAAACUAUUGUGAAUGAAAAAGAAGUUCAGACAGUUGACAAUUGCAAAUUAGAAUCUUUCUGUGAUAUUAAUGAAAUAAAGCAAGUGUAUGAAGAGAAAAUAUUUACAGAAGAAAAUGAUAAUAAAAGUGAUAAAAACUUUGAUUGUACUCGUAUCACUGAAAUGAAGCUCACAAAGUGUGAGGAGAAACUAGUCCAGGAUGCUGCAUCAAGCAUACCACAUUGCAGUGAAUCAGUUAAUGUUUUCAAUGAAGAUGAGAAGUGCAGCUUGUCAUAUAAAAGAAUGACUUUAGAGAACUGUGAUGUUUUGACUGUUCAAGUUACAACUCUCAUGGAUAGCUUAACUGAGAUAGUAAUGAUUCCAGAAAGAGAUAAAAAUGAGCGAAUUGUAUGCAGAGAUGAUUUUGACCUCAUGACCUUACAAAUUCAAAAUGAGGCACCUUCACAGUCUCCACUAAAAAUGCCUUACGUAGGUCAACCUUGUUGUGCACAAUACUUUGAAGAUGAACAGUACUAUCGAGCAAUUGUAGUGGAAAUUGGGAAAGACAAUGAGAAACUAAAAGUUGAGUUUGUGGAUUAUGGUAAUUUAGAAUGGAUUGAUGUGAAAUGGGUACGCAAGAUUAAACCUGAAUGGAUGGAAUUACCAAUUCAGGGUAUCAAAUGUUCACUAUGGAAUGUGAAAAUUGCUGAAGAUUGUGAGAAGAAAGUUCUUUUAAAGAGAUUGUCCAAGUUAAUAUUUGAUAUUUCCCUCACUGCUAAAAUAAAACAAAAAGAUCCGCUUGCUGUUGAGUUGUACUAUUGUAACUCAGAGAACCUAGUUUACCAAGCACUUCUGGAUGCCAGCCUUCUUGUGGAAAUCAAUGAAGAUAAAGCAACAGGAGUACAAGGAAAUUGGCAGUAGACUAUCGGUGAAGUCAAGUCAAUCAAUUCAUUGAAAUUGAACUACUCAAACUUUUAUUUCAACUUUUGUACAUGUGACUGAGAAAACAAAAUAAAUUUCUUGCAUCAACGUUGGGUGCUUUUUGCAAUUUGUUCCUUCAGGACAAGAAUACUUUGUCUUUGUUCUGGAGGUAACAUGGCGAUUUGUUCAUCUGACAGCUGAAGCACUUGCAUAAUUAGAGCCGCCUUUUCUUGAUCAGAAGCACCACCAGAUAUGUUAGGUGACAUUGUAGGUUGUGGGGUUGAACGUGCAAUUACUGGAGGGACAGGUGCUGGUGCACGGGCAGGCACAGAAGUAGCACCUGCUGUUCGUGGAUCAACUCUAUCUCUUGGAUCUCUGGGGUCUCGAGGAAACCUCUCGGGUCCUGCCGCUAC